GGAUCACUUCAGCCGCCUCCUGGGCGCAGCACGCCUCCGGGCUGAGGCCUUGCUCAACCGCCCGGGUAUCCAUCGGCUGCGGCAGACGGACGAGCGCUUCUAUGUGGUCAUUUCCAUGCAAAGCUUCAAGCGCGGAAUGCCGCUUCUCCCGGCCUUGGACGUGGAGCACUGCUGCUGUGAGAUCGAUCUGGGCGCCACCAAAGGCCUCCGGCGCUGGCGCCGCUGGGAGCCGGAGCCGGUGGGGAGCCGCUUUCGCUUGGGGCCCUAUUUGAGGAGCUUAGUGAAGUGCUUGGGCGCUGAGAUCGAGACUUACGACAGCUUGGACGGUCAAACCUUGGUACCUUACCAGUGCGUGGUCCUCCGGUCUGCUUGGGACCCCUUGCGCGAAGACCUUUUAUCAGUGGAGCAGCUUCAAAGGAGCGCCUACCGACGCGCGAAUGGAGGGUCCAGCGCGCCCGCAUUGCAGGAGGAGGUCACUCCAAGAUUUGUGCCCAUGGAAGAUCCGCCCGAGCGGUGGCAGCACGAGUUGGAGCCCAGGUUGGUCGUCCGCAACACCUUCUGGGCAGUCGAAGGUGAAGAGUGCCGCGAGCUCCGGCCCCAGCGCCGCUUCCACACAACACCCUCAGCGCCUCACGCCUAGCCUGAGAGGCUUUUUCGCUGAGAGAUCGAACCACAUCUGAGACAUGUCGUGUUUUAUAGCCCCUUCUUUUCCCACCACGAUGGGUGGCCGUUUUGGGAUGGAUGCCCAGAUGGCAGGAUGCCAGUCAGGUCUGC